UCACAUCACUGUGCCUGAUCACUGCCACACUGACUAUCCAACCUGACAGACUGCAGUUCUUUUUGGAUGAGGUCUUCACCAUGAGAUGUGAUGUGCCGGGGAGCUUCAGCGGCUGGACUGUGAUCAGGAACACCUCCACUAAGUCUUUUGAUCCAUGUACGAAUAAAUGGGGGCGACUAAAUGGCACCACCUGCAAAAAUCGCCAUGUGUUCAAAACAGACGAAGGACAGUACUGGUGCAAGUCGGAUCAGGGGGAGUGCAGCAACGUCAUCAACAUCACAGUGAACACUGGUGAUGUGAUCCUGGAGAGCCCUGCACUUCCUGUGACAGAGGGAGAUAAAGUGACACUUCGCUGCUCCUACAAGGAACUGUAUCAGAAGUCUCGGUCAGAUUUCAAUACUACAUUCUACAAAGAUGAUGUUUUUAUCGACGCUCAGCCUGAAGGGAAGAUCAUUCCGAAAGUGUCCAAGUCUGACGAAGGCUUCUACAAGUGCAAACACCCCCAGAAAGGACAGUCACCACAGAGUUUUCUGGCUGUGAAAGCUCGAGCGGAUGGCAGAAAGAGUGACUUGUGUAACUUGUGUUCAUCUGGUGCUGGAAUGAUAAGUCUCUGCUGGGACAAAAGAAGAAGAAGAGCAUUAUAUUACUUGGAAUAAACCAAUAUGCCAUUUAAUCUAUUAGCUAUGCUUACAUGACAUUGCUGUGAUGUAUUUAAUGCCUAUUAUGUAAAAUAUAUUUGCAUUUCCUCUCUCAAAUGGAACAUGUGUUCUAUUUUCUAACUCUCUAUAUAAUGUGCUCUAUAUAAAUCACCACCAAUGACUAAAUGAAUAAAAAUACCUGUAUUUUUAUUUGGU